AUGUCUAACGGAUUCCUCCGCUGUGAGGGGGAUAAGGUGGUUGAUGGCAAGGGCAAUCCUGUUGUGCUCCGUGGUGCUGCAUUGGGAGGAUGGAUGAAUAUGGAAAACUUCAUCACUGGGUAUCCAGCUCAUGAGUUCCAACAUCGCGCAGCCAUGCUCCAAGUAUUAGGACAGGAGAAAUACGAAUUCUUUUUCGACAAGUUCCUAGAGUAUUUUUUCAUGGAGGCCGAUGCCAAAUUCUUUGCGAGUCUAGGGCUUAACUGCAUACGUCUGCCAUUCAACUAUAAACAUUUUGAAGACGACAUGAACCCAAGGGUGUUGAAGGAAUCAGGUUUCAAGCAUUUGGACCGAGUCAUUGACCUGUGUGCAAAAGAAAACAUUUAUACCAUCCUCGAUAUGCAUACCGUUCCUGGCGCACAGAACCCCGAUUGGCAUUCUGAUAAUCCGUCGAAUUAUGCCGCUUUCUGGGAUCAUAAAGACCACCAAGAUCGUACUAUCUGGCUAUGGGAGCAGAUUGCUACACGAUACAAAGACAACCAGUGGGUGGCGGGAUACAAUCCUAUCAACGAACCUUGCGAUCCAAAGCACUAUCGUCUCCCUGCUUUCUAUAACCGCCUAGAGCCAGCUAUUCGGAAGAUUGAUCCCAACCACAUUCUCUGGCUAGAUGGAAACACGUUCGCCAUAGAGUGGAAAUUCUUCGAAAAUGUGUUGCCAAACUGCGCCUAUGCCCUUCACGAUUAUAGCCAACAAGGCUUCCCAGGUUUCGAGAGAUUCAAAGGGACACCAGAUCAAUUGGACAAGCUUGAAAAACAAUUUCUCAGAAAGGCCGAAUUCCAACAGCAGCGCAAAUGUGUUGCCUGGAAUGGAGAAUUUGGUCCGGUGUAUUCAGAUCCUCGCAUGGAUUCCGACGCGGACGAGAUCAAUCAAGAACGAUACAAUCUGUUAGGUGCUCAACUUUCAAUAUACGAAAAGCACCAGAUCCCAUGGAGUAUUUGGCUAUAUAAGGAUAUUGGGGUUCAAGGAAUGGUAUAUACUGAUCCGGAUGGAUUCUGGAAAAAGACGAUCCAGCCCUUCUUAGAAAAGAAACGCCAGUUGCAAAUCGAUGCGUGGGGAAGGUAUCCAAGCAAACAAGUUGAGGAAGUUAUAAGCCCGCUUGUGAAAUGGAUUGAUAGUGUCUGUCCCGAGGCAAAGAACAAUUAUCCUACCAAUUGGGCAACAGAGAGGCAAAUAAUUCGUUUGACGCUUCAGACUUUUGUGGCAAAUUCGUUCUCGGUGGAGUUUGCAAGCUUAUUCAAGGAUAUGUCGCUUGAGCAACUCGACGAGGCAGCGAAGAGCUUUAGGUUUGACAAGUGUCUGCAGAGAGAGGGACUAAAUAAGAUCAUGAGCGAGCAUGCUAAGGCUACCAAAAAGGCUGCGGCCGGGAAUUAA